GAGAGAGAGAGAGAAAGAGAGAAUGAGAGAAAUGAUAUGCAGGAUAUGCAGGAGAGAAGAGAAGUGUAAGGGAGAGGCAAUUAAUUGAAGUGAGAUAGGCCUUCUGUUGCAGUGUUUUGGGCUCGCCACAGAGAAAGAGCUGAUAUUUUCAGCAUCAGAAUGGCCAAAUUGUUUGGAUUGGUUGUCACAGGAUUCAUAUUUGUUUUACUGCUGAAUGGAUCCAUGGCAAGUGGGAAAUAGUUUCAAUCAGCAUUCAUGGAAAGGAUUCAGUGCAAAAUUCCAUGAGUAUUCCAGUCAGAGUUAUGACUUAGGUUUAUAUACCUUGGACCUUUCGAAUAAACAUGGGUUUGUGUUCGAUUUCCAAGAAGUGGCGUUAUCAAACUACAUCCAGCAAGUACUUAAAACUGACAAUAACAAAAGGCCGAAGAAUAUAUGUAAGAAUUCAAUACCUAAACCUGACCCGACAGCAGAUAAAUGUAUGAAGCCACCGAUUAUAUGCACGAAGACAAUGGAUUUGAGGGGAGCCGAAAAGCAUAUGUGUCAUACAUACAUCAAGGCAAUUAAAACAGCAAUGCUAAAAUUUUAUAAAUGCAAGGAACCCAUCAAACCUUAUCGAGCAUUAGAGUUUCUCCAGCUAUCAAAUGUGAAAAUGAUACAUAGAAUUAUUACCCAUAUAAUAAAUAAGGAUGACAAACAUAUAACCUACAUAAUGAAGAAAGUCUUUUUAAACCAUCUUCACCAUCAAGUUAAAGAAUUAACAGAUAUGACGACGAGGCUGGCUUCAAACGAUCCUUUCAUAGAGUUUUUGAUGGACAAAUCAUUGAGAUGCUCCCAGCCAAAAUAUCAAGAAUUUUAUACAGUUUGAGAAAGCUCCAAAUACAUACAACAUUAGUUUUAUUUUUUGUUAUUUGUUCAUCUCUCAACUAAGAAAGUAGUUAAGUCACAUACAAACUUUUAUUGGUACAACA